AUGUUUUUUAACAGUAAUUUUGACACGAAAUUCAAAGAUUUAGAUUUUGCAAAACCAACGCCAACGAUAGCACGACGAGUAUUUAAUGUAUUAAUGGGAGAAAGUAUGGAAAUUAAAAAACGAGAAAGAAAUCGAAUGCUUGAAGGGGCAUGUCCAAUUUCAUUACCUAAAUUAAUUUACAUUAAAGAAUUAGGAGAAGUAAUGACAAAGUUAGGAUAUGAAGAUUUUGAUAUUAUCAAUGACAUUGGAUUUGUUGAAAAACAACGAUUUCUUAAAAUGUGUGAGAGCAUUAUGGAAUAUCUUGAAAAACACAAGGAAUAUAGAAAAAGAAAAGAAGAAAUAAUCGAGGGAUACAAAGAAAAAAGAAAAGAAGUAGAAGAAAAAGAAAGAGAAUAUAAAUUGAAAAGAAAAGAAAAAGAAGAAUUAAUCAAAAGAAAAGAAGAAGAUCAACCAGAGAUAGAAAGAAAAGAAAAAAUAAAAGAAGAAGAAAAGAAAAAAAGAGAGGAGAUUGAAGAAGAAAUAAAAAAAGUUAAAGAAGAAAUAAAUAAUAUAAUAGAAAAAAUAGAAAAAGAAGAAAAAGAAAAAAAGAUAAAAGAAGAAAUUAUUAAGAAAGAGAAAGAAUAUAAUGAAAAGACCAAAAAGAUUCAAAAAAAUAUAGAAGAAAUUAAAAAAGAAGAAGAAAAAAUUAAAACACUUCAAGAAGAAAUUAACAAAAGAGAAAAAGAAAAAGAAGAGAAAGAAAAUCAAAUCACAAGAUAUAAUGCACUUAAACAAUCAUGUGUUGUUUGGAGAACAAAUCUUCAAAUUGUUAAAGAAGGAAUAGAAAACAUUAAAAAGAAAGAAGAAGAAAUUGAAAAAAUAAAUAAAGAAAAAAAAGAAAAAAAAGAAGAAAUUAAAAAGAAAGAAGAAAAAUAUAAAGAAUUAGAAAAUAAAACAAAAAAAGAAGAAAAAGAACAAAAAAUAAAAGAACAAGAAAUUAUUAAAUUAAAAGAAAAAGUUGAUAAAGAAAUUAAACAAUUUGAAAAUGAUAGUUCUCAAUUACAUUUAAUUUAUGAAGAUAUUAACAAUAAAGUAGAAAUAACAAAAAAUAAUAAAAAUAUUAUUAUUAAAUUAAUUAAAGAUUUAGAAAAAAGAAUUAAUAAUAUUAAAAGUUCACAUUUUUAUAUGGUUAGAGAACUUCAUGAUCAACUUAUUCAACUUAAAUCAAUUAUUUCAUCACUUGAUAUUUUAAUUAUUUAA